AUGGCUUCAAAAAUAUGGCAGGUGUGCGACUUGACAACGUCUUACAUUGCAAACUUUGAACCAUAUUUGGGGGUGAAAUAUAAAACUACAAUUGAGGGGAGAAGGAAAGAAACUGGGACAAUCAAAGAAGACAACACACCGGUUGCUACAGCCCUUCCAGAAAAAAACCAUAUUUUUUUCUGUGAUUCGCUUUUUACGUCAGUUAACACAGCCCUUGAAUUACAAGACAAAAAAGUGUACAUGGUCGGUAGUUUUAGCAGACGAAAUCGGAAAACCAUGCCGCCGCAAUUAAUUCCUGAGGGGAAAAGCAAGAAGCUGAAAUUGAAAAUUGGUGAAAUGAAAGCAGCAACUAGACCGGACAACACUAUCAAUAUUACUGCAUACCAGGAUGACAGUGCGCAAAUAUUGAUUUUAAAUACAGUCUAUCCCCCACUGGCUACGUCGGCAGAAGCAGUAGAUGACGAGAGACACGUGCCUGUAUCGUUACAAUGUUACAGACAUCACAUGGGUGGCGUGGAUCGUUCUAACCAAAGGCGAAAAUACUAUCACACGGGCAGAAAAAACAAUCGUUGGUGGAUCUACAUGGCCUGUUACCUCAUAGAUGUUGCAUUGGUCAAUGCUUAUGAAUGUUUCAAGGCAUUGAAUCGCACGACAAAAGUAACGCACAAAUUCUUCAAUAUCCGCACAGGUAAACAACUGAUUGGUGGACACUCGAGUAGAAUUCAAAAAUCCAUAAGAGAAGUUGGCUCUCUUCCAAGUAACACGUCAUUUAUUCGUAGUGAAAACAUGGAUUCGCACGAAAUAUGCAGACUAUCCGGGCGUCAAAAAUCGUGUAAGCAGUGCAGCAAGGACGGGAGAAAAACUGCGAGUGGCCGAUUAUCAGAAACAUCAAAAGGAUGCCCAAUUUGUAAAGUUCACCUUCACGCGGGCGAAUGUUUCGCUGCUUUUCAUCACAACAUGGCACUGAGGGGAAAACGCACCGUGGGAACACAAACACGAAGUACAGAAGAGCAGCCCUCGACAUCAGGCAGACGCAUGGGAGCAGCCCGCCGGGGUGGACGACUAAGAAAGGCGUACAACAAAUAA